UCAUGGAGGUUAUCAUCUUACGAAAGCGAAUUAAAAGCGAGCAAAGAACAAGCAAAAAGCAGUUUCAGGAUAUUCUAUUGGGUUGGUGGAUCGAGAUUGAGCCGAUAUCUAAGUUUUCUGGAGUUGUGGAACUAAUUUUGGGGGAUUUUACUUCGUAACUACUGUUGUUGUGUUAACCGCUCUCGUAACUUCUUAAAUCCGCUAGUCAUAUUUGUUCGACAAAGCCCGUGAAAAUGUAUCCUGCUUACAGGUGGGGAGGCUCAUACCCCUAUCAUGCUAAUCCAAUGCAUAACGUUCCAAAUGAUGAUCCAAGAGCUAAAGAGAUUUCAUCUCAUAUGAAGAUGGAUCCUAGCACCAUGAGUCCACCAUAUGAACCUUGGCCUUAUGGUGGCAACUAUUGCUAUCCUGGUCCACAAGAAUGUCACGGUGGUUACAACCAUGGCUACUUUGGUGGUCCUUACAGCUUCCGGCCUCCUUAUCCUUACUACCCACCACCACCAUCAUACCACACUCAUGGAUUCUAUCCUCCAUUUCCAGGAGCUUACCCUGGUUACUCUUUCCCACCACCACAUUAUUCGGUUGAGCAGCCAAAGUACGAUUAUGACAAAAACACCCACGGUUCUUAUCAUUGCUGUGGAUGCAAUCAUGGGGAGGAUGAGAAGAAGAUGAAGAUUGAACGAGAGAAGCCAGAAAUUGACAAGAAAACAAGCGACUCUUUGUCUCCUUUGCUGUUGAAGGACUACCCAUAUCCAAUCAUGUGGGUUCCACCUAGCUUCAUGAACACUGAAUCAAAGGCUAAGGAAAAAGAGAGGCAUUCUCAUGAUCGUGUUCCAUUAGAGCCUCUUGAACCUUCAAAGCAAAGUGGAAAUGGUAAAACAGACCGAGAUCAACAUGGUGGCGAUGAUAAUCCUCUCCCUUUUCCGAUAUUCUGGUUUCCUUCCAAGAAUAAUGAAGUGGGAGAGAAAAAUGUUGCAGUAGCUAACGAGGCAUCACCUUUCUCUAGAAGUGAGGCUGAAUCCGAUAUGGGAAGUAAACCUACUGUCCAGAAGGUGAUUCCGGUGAAACAAUUGGGGACAGAAGAGGAGAAGAAAAGCCUGAAAAGCAUAGACACAAAAGUGAAAUCCGGUUCCGUGGAGAAAACAGAUAAUGGUAUGGAGGGGAAAGCUUCACCAAAGACAUCCAAACUGCCUCCCGUUUGUUUGCGCAUUGAUCCUCUGCCAAGAAAGAAGAACAGCUCAAGAUCACCAAGUCCUCCUGGUGACAAAGGAAGAUCAAAGGGAUCGCCCAUAGACGAAUCAAAAUCUUCCCAGCAACAAACACAGUUGUCAGAAGGCCUAAAGAAGAGCAAGGAGGAGAAAAGUGAAGGCAAUAUCAAAACCAUCAAGGUGGUCGAAAGAGAGAGUCUUGCUGACCCUACUGAGAAUGUACCCAGGGGGGCAGGUAGUCUUGCUGAUCCUUGUGACAAUGUACCGAGGGGGGAAGGGAAUGGAAGUGAAAAGGGUAUUGUAUGCAAAGCAGAAAAGAAGUUUUCAGAAAAUGAAGCAGCUUUGAUCAUACAGUCUGCGUGUCGUGGCUUUCAAGUGAGGAAAUCAAAGCCAAUAACGAAACUGAGGCAAAUUGCUGAAGUUGGAAAACAGGUCAUCGAGCUGAGAGAACGUGUUCAGGAGCUGGAAUCAUCUUCUGCUGGUAUCUGCUUUGAUGGCAAACAAAAACUGGUUAUUGCAGAGACUAUAAUGAGCCUUCUGCUAAAGCUAGACACCAUCCAGGGUCUGCAUCCAGUAGUGAGGGAGGUUAGGAAAGGGGUUGCAAAGGAGCUUGUGGGUUUACAAGAGAAGCUUGAUUCCCUGACGACAUCUGAAACCCCAAUUGAGGAUAGCAUCAAAAGGCAAGAUGAUGUUGAUAUGGAGGAUGAAAAGUCUGAAACCCAAAUUGAGAAUAGCAUCAAAAGGCAAGAUGAUGUUGAUAUGGAGGAUGAAAAGUCUGAAACCCAAAUUGAGAAUAGCAUGAAAAGGGAAGGUGAUGAUGAUGUGGAGGAGAAGUCUGGAACCCAAUCGGAUAGCAAUGUGAAACAUGUGGAAUGUUGUGAUGAUGAUGAUGCCGAUCUUGAGCCACAGAUGGAAGUGCAAAAUGGAGAAAGCUACAAUGGAGAUGGUAAUAACAAACAUGUUGAGACGAAGCAACCUGUAGAAUCUCGUAAUACGAUUGAAUUGCAUAGCUACAGCGGAGAGAGCAAGCAACAUGUAGACGAUGAUGAUGUCAUCCAAGACAAGGUUAGAAAUGGUGAGAAUAUGGAGCAAAAAGUGGUUGAAUCAGGUACCAGUAUUGAAAGUGUGAAAGAUCAAGUGGAGAUGUUAGAGGAAAAUGAGGCUGAACAAGACUCAGUGACAGUGGAUGAUGAUGGUGAUGAUGAUGUGAAGACAAUGGAGGAGGUGGUGAAGGAACAAAUGGAUGUGAUCAGGGAGUUGACAGCAAGAGUGAAGGAUUUGGAGAACAAACUGUUGAAAAACAAGAAAAUGAAUAAAGUAAACAAGAAGAGGAAGAGGUCUCGUGGCUGUCUUGUUCAAGAGGACCUUUGAACUGAGCUGACCUCUUCUUUGUUGUGUGUGUGGUAGUAAUUAUAUAUGCUUAAUAAAUUUCAUGUUUUUGUUUAUUUACCUCUUCCUCCCCUACUUUACGUUUUUUAGUCCCUGUGCUUUGUUGAAAACUAUGUUUUUCGUCUUUAUGGUUUGUUAAAGUUUACGGUUUUUUA